AUGCAGUUAGAAGAAAAUACACCAUUUGUUUAAUAAUUUCUUGUCAAUUCUAUUUUAAACGCGUUAAUCUUGCUCGGCUAGUACAAUACAAAGUACAAGAUCAAUACGUUCAUGUUUGUGCACCUCGGGCACUGUACUGUGCAUACAAGCGAUUUCUCUAAAAAGCAGCGUGCUGUAGCGUAUACAACAUAUGUAAUGUAUAUUGCAUGAAACCUCUGUCUUUUGUGAUGGUGUUUAUAAGCGAUUCUGUGCCUGCGUGUGACUCCAAAGCAUCGACUAUCCACAGUGAUGUAAAGGAUUACUAUGGAAAGCAGCUGCAGAAAAGUGAGGACCUUAAGACAAAUGCUUGCACGACCUCGGCCAAACCCACCCCAGCAUUCAUUCGGAAAGCCUUGAAAGAAGUCCACUCAGAAAUCACCUCCAGGUAUUAUGGCUGCGGGCUGGUGGUCCCCGAGUCUCUGGAGAGCUGCCGGGUCUUGGAUCUGGGCUGUGGGAGCGGGCAGGACUGCUUCAUGUUGAGCCAGCUGGUCGGGGAGAAGGGUCACGUCACAGGAAUCGACAUGACUGAGGAGCAGCUUGCAGUGGCGAGGAAGCACAUUGAUUACCACACCAAGAAGUUUGGUUUUAAGAAACCAAAUGUGGAUUUUGUUCAGGGAUACAUGGAGUUGCUGGGAGAGGCAGGGCUGAAGGACAGCAGCUAUGACAUCAUUAUAUCAAACUGUGUGGUUAACCUGUCUCCAGAUAAAGCAGCUGUGCUGAGAGAAGUUUACCGUGUUCUGAAGGAUGGUGGAGAGAUGUAUUUCAGUGAUGUCUACAGCAACCAAGCCCUGACUAAGGAGAUUAGGGAGCACAGAGUAUUAUGGGGGGAGUGUCUGGGCGGGGCGCUCUGGUGGGAGGAUCUUGUUCGAUUGGCUCAAGAGGUGGGCUUCUCCCCCCCACGACUGGUCACUGCCAGCCAUGUCGCCAUUGGCAACAAGGAACUUGAGAGCAUUGUGGGUGACUACAAAUUUGUUUCUGCAACCUACCGUCUCUUUAAAGUCCCAAAGAGCUGUCCCAAGGAGAGGUCCCAGGUCAUUUACAAUGGCUCCAUCACCAACUGGGAACAGUUUUUGGAGUUUGAUGCUAACUACACCUUUAAGGAAGGAGAAGCAAUGGUUGUGGAUGGGGACGCAGCAGCCAUUCUGAGGAGUUCCAGGUUUGCAGAUGACUUCAUGAUCCGCCCUGUAGAGGGAGGCGCAGCUGCAGGUGUUGGAUGUUGUCCUGUGAAACCAAAGGAAAUUAUUGUGAACCCAUUUGAGCUGGCAAAACGCCUGGAACCUGCUGAUAUCAAACCAGCCACAGGAGGGUGCUGUGGAACAAAGGCCUCUGGAUGCUCCUAAAUCAAGGACCAUCAUGGACCAGGAAUUUAAGCCAGAGAAUCCUGUUCAGUUUACAAUGAUUGUCAAUAUGGCUUUAUGAUAAUAGCAUUUAUUAUUUCAAAUGGUAGUGCCUACACCUGAAUCAGUUUUUGCACUGUUGUAAAACCUAAUCAUGUGACUGCUCUUGAAACCUAAACUCAGGAUUAGGGUAAAACCCUGAUUGGCAAAACAAUGCCAUGUCACUCUGUGCAGUGUAAGAGUAAUCAGUGCAUUUUUCAUUGGAUGAUGACUGAAAGCAGAUCUGGGUGCAUUACAUUUAUUUGUAAUGUUUGGUUUUCUGUGUUAAUAGCACGACUGUUUAACUUUUUUGGAUUUUACUGGUUUAUGAUACUAAUAAAAUGAGCGCUGAAAGGCUU